AUGCCAAAAUCAUCAAGGACUUGUGCAAUCGCUAAGAGAAAGCACCAUGUCAAGAAGAUCGCUUUCUUGAUCGAACAAGUGAGUGCGGUGAUCGAACAAAAGACACCGCCAAAAUACAAAGAUCCUGGUUGUCCCACCAUUUCAUGCCAAAUUGGGACUCAUGAAGUCAGCCAAGCUUUGCUUGACCUUGGCGCGAGUGUGAAUCUCAUGCCUUACUCUGUGUACUCGCAACUUGGUCUUGGAGAAAUGAAGCCAACAUCUGUUGUCUUUGACUUCUUGGCCGACCGCUCUAUCAAAAAGCCUCGGGGUAUUGUUGAGGAUGUUCUUGUUCAAAUUGAGAAAUUCUAUUAUCCCGUGGACUUCCUUGUUCUGGAUACUCAAUCUGUGGUCAACAUGGAAUCCAAGAUUCCCAUCAUCCUUGGAAGACCAUUCCUUGCCACUGCAAAUGCUUUGAUCAAUUGUCGUAAUGGUCUAAUGAAAAUAUCAUUUGGAAAUAUGACACUUGAGGUCAACAUUUUUCACAUUGGGAAACAACUUCAAGAGGAUGAAGAAUGUCAUCAAACAUUCAUGAUUGACAAUCUUGUUUCUGAAGAGAUUCAAUUGCAAAGAAAUUUCGUUAAUCUUGAUGAACUCCUCUCACGCCUUGAAAAUGAAAAUCCCAGUUUUGUUGAGUCCGCUCUUGCUACCGUUGAUCAAUUGGACACACAAAACAGAGGGAAGAAAUUUUGGAAGCCACACUUUGAAGCAUUACCUCGUGAGAGGGAAACGCUAAAAGCUUCUGCCGAAGAACCUCCCAAU